CAUCCGACACGCGACGCUUAUAAGUCUGGAAGAAACCCUAACUCAACACUCGUUAGCGCCGCCAACGCUCGGAAGAGGCGAAAAUGACGACCAGGUUCAAGAAGAACAGGAAGAAGAGAGGGCAUGUGAGCGCUGGCCAUGGCCGUAUCGGCAAACACCGGAAGCAUCCGGGAGGUCGAGGUAACGCCGGAGGUAUGCAUCAUCACCGUAUCCUCUUCGACAAGUACCAUCCCGGUUACUUCGGUAAGGUUGGUAUGCGUUACUUUCACAAGCUUCGCAACAAGUUUUACUGCCCCAUUGUCAACAUAGACAAGCUUUGGUCCUUAAUUCCUCAAGAGGUGAAGGACAAGGCUUCCAAGGAUAGCGCCCCUGUGAUCGAUGUCACUCAGCAUGGUUAUUUUAAGGUUUUGGGUAAAGGAGUUUUGCCUGAGAACCAGCCUGUGGUUGUGAAGGCCAAACUUGUGUCGAAGAUUGCUGAGAAGAAGAUCAAGGAGGCUGGCGGAGCCGUUAUCCUCACUGCCUAAUGUUUAGGGUCUUGGAUUAAGAAAAUGAUACCUUUUGUCAUACAUUUGUUUUUGAACAAUUGAGGUAUUGGAUCUUCUUGUUAGUUCUGUUAUAUUUGAGGCUUACCUGCUGUAUGUGGCUAUGGGCUCAUACAUGAAUCGUAUUUUAUGUUAAA